AUGGAUCCAGUGCCGGCGCCUGCGGUGGACGAGCUCCGCCUGAAAGCUUCCGUGGUGGAGGUGACAGCAAAUGAUGGGCCGAUAUCAACAACUCCGCAAGGACACCGCCCCGAUGUCGCUGGGGGCGUGUCACAGCCCGACUCUGACACUGAAGACAGUGAUUUCGACACAUCGGAGGACUCCGAGAGCUCCGGUAAUAACUGGGAAACAAAGUCUCUUUACGAAGAUUCUCUACAGUUCAUCCGCGAUGACCAGUUACAUGACGUCCCAGGGACAUGCACAUUAGCGGAGGCUGUCGCCUUUCGAAAGCGUCUUCAUGCGAUAGGGAAGGCUGCAUUUGCGGAGGAGACCAUAGGGCAGGGAACAAUCACUGCGAAAAAACUUUGCACUGCAUUUGGCAUCAUGCCUCCCUCGUUCCUUGAAGGCGCGCCAGACAGGGCGUACCAUCCCUUACUCGUUAUGGGAAUUAACCGCGAAUAUUCAAGACGGAUCAAACUACCAAAUUACAAUACUAUCGAUGAUGCUGUCGAGCUGUUGAAAAAGGCAACGAACAUUAUCGUCUUAACUGGCGCUGGUAUAUCUACUAGUCUUGGAAUUCCAGACUUCCGUUCGAAAGACACCGGCUUGUAUUCGAAGUUAGAGUAUCUCGGAUUGACCGACCCCCAGGAAGUUUUCGAUAUUAACUUGUUCCGUGAGGACCCCAAAAUAUUCUACUCCAUUGCAAAGGACAUUCUUCCGACGGAAAAGAAGUUCUCUCCAACCCAUGCAUUUAUUCGCCUCCUUCAGGACAAAGGGAAACUGCUCACAAAUUUUACCCAAAAUAUUGAUAAUUUGGAAGCAAAUGCAGGGAUUCUGCCCGAAAAUCUCAUCCAAUGUCAUGGAUCCUUUGCAACAGCUUCCUGUGUGAAGUGCAAAUUUCAGGUCCCGGGCGAACAAAUUUUCGACAGUGUUAGAAAAGGGGAGCUUCCCGAAUGCACUGCUUGCAAAGAGCGAAUCAGGAACCAACUUUGCGGAAUGAAAAGAAAGCGUAACUCGAACGGAGCCCAUCGCAAACGACAAAACUUUGGCGAUAGCUCCGAGGAUGAUAACGACUACGAUAUUCCUUCUCCUGGAGUCAUGAAGCCUGAUAUUACUUUCUUCGGUGAAGAUCUCCCAGAUGCGUUCUCGCAACGCCUAAUUGGUCACGAUCGUGAACGUGCAGACCUUGUCAUUGUUAUCGGUACAUCACUGAAAGUGGCACCGGUUGCAGAAGUUCCUGGCAUUCUACCUCGCAAUGUUCCCCAGAUAUUAAUUUCACGUGACCCUGUGUCACAUAUUGAUUUCGAUAUCGACAUGUUGGGUGAAUGCGACGUUGUUGUCUCUGAACUAUGCCGUCGCGCCGGCUGGGAUUUACAACACGAGAUGAUUCUCAAAGACCAGAAAGUCGACAUUACAUCGAAGGAAGGUUAUGUCUCACGAUUUUGGUUUACAGCUGUUAAUCCAUAG